AAAAUUUAAACCCCACAAUAAACCCUAAAAAGGAAAAAAACAAGUACAUAGUUUCAAGUGGGGGCCUAGUUUCAGAGCCCACUGUUUUUCCUGAUUAUCCCAAAACUCUUACCUCUAUUUAUAAUUAAUUAUUCGUCUUUUAAAACUCUCGUUGCCUUUUUUUUCCCAAACAACCAGAAUCUCUCUGAAUAUACAAAAAAACAGCUUUCCAGGUUCCCAUGACUCGUCCAAGGAAGAGGCAGAGAGCCGAAAGAGCACCUGGAAUUUGCGACGAAAUGCAAUGCGCCACUCAGGAGGAGAAUGCCAAAGGAGAAGAGGAAGGAACCGUUGAGCAAACGGAGGAUGAGAAAGUGAAUAAGAUGGAGAAGAAGCAGAGUAAAAAGAAGGAUACAGAAGGGGAGGGAAACGAGGAGGAAAAUUCGGAGACAGUGGAAGAAAUUGCAAGUAUUGUUGAGAAGGGAAGUAUCGAAUUUCGAGAGACAUUGAAGGAGAGAUUAAGACCUGCUCGAAGGGUAAAUUACUGUAUUGAGGAUCGAGGGUUUGAAGAAGAAGAAAAAGGGUUGAUUCAGAAGAAAAGAAAAAAGGGUGAUGAGCAAAAGGGGAAAGUUUCGGAAGCUAAAGAUGAAGAAGAUAAUAAUGAGAAGGAAAACAGUAAAGGAAAAAGUGGGAAAAAAAGAAAAGAGGCCAAAAGUGAAGGAACUGAAGAGAAUGAAACAGAGGAGGAAGGUAGAAGAUAUCCAUGUAGGGCAUCAACAGUACCAAAGAGAAUGGGUGAAUUUGUGUUGAAGAAAACUCCUUCUAAAGACUCUCUAAUGUGCCAUCAAUGCCAGAGGAAUGAUAAAGGAAGGGUCGUGAAUUGCACACGAUGUAAGAGGAAACGAUAUUGCAUCCCCUGUAUAACCAAUUGGUAUCCCCAAAUGUUAGAGGACGAAAUUGCUAGUGCCUGCCCAGUUUGUCGGGAUAAUUGUAAUUGCAAGGCCUGCUUGCGCAUGGAUGGUCCUGUCAAUAAAUUGAGGAAAGCUUUAGAGCUGAAGUUUAGUAAGGAUGCUGGGCUUCAUCAUUCUAAAUACUUGCUUCAGGCACUUCUCCCCUACAUCAAACAAUUUAGUCAAAAACAAAUGAUGGAGAAGGUGAUCGAGGCCCAGAUUCAAGGGCAAUUGCCAUCAGAAAUAAAGCUGAAGCAAGCAGUUUGUCAUCCAAAGGAGCGUGUUUAUUGUAACAACUGCAAAACUUCGAUCGUUGACUUUCAUAGAACCUGUCCUCAUUGUAACUAUGAUCUUUGCCUCACUUGUUGUCAAGAAAUUCGUGAGGGCCACAUGCAAGGAUGGGAAAAGGAAGUUACUGGGUCAUAUGUUGACAGGGGUUUUGGCUAUUUGCAUGGUGAAUUUGACCAACCUAUGUUAGCUGAAAAGGUGAAGCCAAUUGAUUUGUCUGCCAAAACUUCUAAAGAACUUGAAGGGGUGGCAUCUAGGUGGAAAGCAAAUGAAACUGGUAGCAUUACUUGCCCUCCAAAGCACUUGGGUGGUUGUGGUGAGGCCCUUUUGGAGUUGAGGUGCAUGUUUGAAGAAAAUUCCAUUGUUAAGCUGGUGGAAAAUGCAGAAAGAAUAGCCAGAAGUCUCAAUCUGGAAAACAGGCCUCAGACUACUAACCAACAGUGCCCUUGUUACAAAUCAAUAGCCGAAGUUGAUUUGAGUAAGUGUAAAUUACGGAAAGCUGCUUCAAGAGAAGAUUCCAGUGACAACUAUUUGUAUUGUCCAUCAGCAAGAGAUAUUCAGAAUGCAGACCUGAAUCAUUUCCAAAGGCAUUGGGCUAAAGGUGAGCCUGUUAUUGUCAGUCAAGUGCUUGAGAAUGCAUCUGGAGUGAGCUGGGAACCAAUGGUUAUGUGGCGUGCUUUUCGUCAGAUAACUAACACUAAACACAGUCAACAUCUGGAUGUUACAGCCAUCGAUUGCUUAGACUGGUGUGAGGUACAGAUCAAUAUUCACCAGUUCUUUAAAGGGUAUACAGAAGGUUGCUUUGACAGAAAAGAAUGGCCCCAGAUAUUUAAGUUGAAAGAUUGGCCCCCUUCUAACAAAUUUGAGGAGCGUCUUCCACGUCACCAUGCUGAAUUUCUUUGUUGUUUGCCAUUUAAGGAAUAUACACAUUCUCUAAGUGGGCUUCUAAAUCUUGCUACCAAAUUGCCAUCGGAUUCCCUUAAGCCAGACAUGGGGCCAAAGACAUAUAUUGCUUAUGGAGUUGCUCAGGAGCUUGGACGCGGAGACUCUGUAACAAAGCUUCAUUGUGAUAUGUCUGAUGCGGUGAAUGUUUUGACACAUACUGCAGAAGUGAAACUAAAACCUGAAAAGCUUGAAAUCAUAGAGAAGUUGAAACAAAAACACUGUGCACAAGACCAGAAAGAAAUAUUUGGGAUGAAUGUAAAGGUUUACAGGAGGAAGCGUGGUGGUAGGUUUUGUGACAUUGCCACCAGUGAUAAGGAGCCUAGCAAUGAAGGUGGUCACUUAGAAGCUAAUGAGGCAGGUGCAAUUUGGGACAUUUUCCGGAGACAAGAUGUUCCGAAGCUGAAGGAUUAUCUUAAGAAGCAUUUUAGGGAGUUUAGGCAUACUCAUUGUUGUCCUGUGCCACAGAUUGUUGACCCUGUACAUGAUCAGACAUUAUUUCUCAGUUUGGAGCAUAAGAAAAGGCUUAAGGAGGAGUAUGGAAUUGAGCCAUGGACAUUUGUACAGAAGCUGGGGGAAGCUGUUUUUAUUCCUGCAGGCUGUCCUCAUCAAGUCAGGAACAUUAAGUCAUGCAUAAAGGUUGCUCUUGACUUUGUUUCACCUGAGAAUGUUGGUGAAUGCAUUCGAUUGACUGAAGAAUUUCGAUUACUUCCACAAGGUCACAGAGCUAAAGAGGACAAACUAGAGGUCAGGAAAAUGAUGCUACAUGCUAUGUGUCAGACUGUUAAGUGUUUGGAUCCUUAUGCAAAGAUUGAACUACAACUCUGUCACCUCUGACUGAUCAACAUCUUUUUGGAGCCAUUCUUGAAUGCAAUUGGGAUCCUACAGGUUUUUUAGAAUGUCAUAUCUAUAUAGAACUUAUUGCUCAAUUUGCCUCCUAAGAUUUUGUCAAUUUCGAUUCACAAUUAUCAUCUCAUGAACACAUUGAGAGUGCACUGUGUUUAUUCUAUUUUAGCCAGAUAUAAUAUCUAAUUAUUAUUAAUAUGAAAAUCAAACCCUAUGUUUAUAUAGGAAUAGCUCUUAUAUGAUGUUGCAUAAUGCAUGGUAUUAAUUAGUUACUCAUUGAAAGCAUGUUCUGCUCAUUUCAUGAUGCUUUGUUUCAUUUAUUUUUAUUUUUGGUAACAUGAUGCAACAAUGUUUACAAAUACUAUAUGAUACCAUGGGGAUACAUGUUCAAGAAAUUCAUUACUUUUAGAAGAUGGAAG